AUGAAGAAACUGUUUGAUGUGUAUUCAAAGAAAACUGGCGAAGAAGCUUCUCAAAGCUUUUAUGCUUUUUUUUCUCAAGCAGCUGGUGGUAAUGGCAUGUCUGCAUUAGAUAAAUAUUUAGAUGAGCCUGUGCUGGAUUUUCUUGCAUUCCCGAGCUUGAAUGUUUUAGGCUAUUGGAGAGAUAAUCAAAACCGCUUCAAGGAGUUGGCGACAAUGGCAUGUGAUGUAUUGAGCAUUCCUAUUACAACCGUGGCUUCAGAGUCUUCAUUUAGUAUUGGAAGUCGAGUUUUAAACAAGUAUAGGAGUUCUCUUCUUCCUUCAAAUGUGCAGGCCUUGAUAUGUGCCCGGAAUUGGCUUCGUGGCUUUGAAGAAAUUGAUGAUCAAUUUGACUUCUCGAACUUAGAGGAAGCCAAGAAAGGAGGAGAAGAAGUUUAA